GUGGCAUGGCUGGCCUGUCGUUCUGUGGCAACAAUGUGACCAAGAAUGCCUACAGUGUGGAUACGGGGAUGUUGAACAAUGGCUGCUUCGUGGACGCCCUCAACCUGGUCCCUCACGUCUUCCUGCUCUUCAUCACCUUCCCCAUCCUCUUCAUCGGUACGUGGACCAUGCAUAGUCCUUUACCUUCAUGAUGUGUAUGUGCGUGUGUGUGCGUGCAUGCACGUGUGACCAGCUUUAAUCUUGUCACCUUUACACCUAGAGAUCACACAGAACACUGAUCUCUAAAGGUUGAAUAGAAACAGGGACAGAAUGGAUCAGAAGGGGACAGAAUAGGUUCAGAAGGGGACAGAAUGGAUCAGAAGGAGACAGAAUAGGCUCAGAAGGGGACAGAAUGUAUCAGAAUGGGACAGAAUAUAAUCAGAAGAGGACAGAAUAGACUCAGAAGGAGACAUAAUAGCUUCAGAAGAAGACAGAAUAGGAUCAGAAGGGGACAGAAUAGCUUCAGAAGAGGACAGAAUAGGUUCAGAAGGGGACAGAAUAGGGACAGAAUGUGACAGAAUAGCUUCAGAAGAAGACAGAAUAGGUUCAGAAGGGGACAGAAUAGCUUCAGAAGAGGACAGAAUAGGUUCAGAAGGGGACAGAAUAGACUCAGAAGGGGACAGAACAGGCUCAGAAGGGCACAGAAUAGGUUCAGAUGGGGACACAAUGGGAUCAGAAGGGGACAGAAUUGCUUUAGCUCUGAUGGUCUGUGUUUGUGUUUGUGUGGGUGAUUAUGUGGGUGUGUGCGUGACAAUCCCAAAGCAACAUGAUUCAAGGAUGCCUUUGGUAACAGUCCUUUCAUCCCCCACACAUGCUUCGCCAACAGAAAACAGUAUUAAAAUGCUGCACUAUAUUACACAUGCUUCACCAACAGGAAACAGUAUUAAAAUACUGCACUAUAUUACACAUGCUUCACCAACAGGAAACAGUAUUAAAAUACUGCACUAUAUUACACAUGCUUCACCAACAGGAAACAGUAUUAAAAUACUGCACUAUAUUACACAUGCUUCGCCAACAGAAAACAGUAUUCAAAUGCUGCACUAUAUUACACAUGCUUCACCAACAGGAAACAGUAUUAAAAUACUGCACUAUAUUACACAUGCUUCGCCAACAGAAAACAGUAUUCAAAUGCUGCACUAUAUUACACAUGCUUCACCAACAGGAAACAGUAUUAAAAUACUGCACUAUAUUACACAUGCUUCACCAACAGAAAACAGUAUUCAAAUGCUGCACUAUAUUACACAUGCUUCACCAACAGGAAACAGUAUUAAAAUACUGCACUAUAUUACACAUGCUUCACCAACAGAAAACAGUAUUCAAAUGCUGCACUAUAUUACACAUGCUUCACCAACAGGAAACAGUAUUAAAAUGCUGCACUAUAUUACACAUGCUUCACCAACAGGAAACAGUAUUCAAAUGCUGCACUAUAUUACACAUGCUUCACCAACAGGAAACAGUAUUCAAAUGCUGCACUAUAUUCAAGCUACUUGACAUUUUUUCUAAUCGUUCAGUCUCACCGUUCAGAUAAACCCUUGAAGCAAGCAAAAUGAGUAUUGUCCACAGACUGGGUUUAAUCAAUUCCACUGUCUCAGACUCCCAGUCCUGUGUAAAAGAUAGGAAACUCUGUGUAAAGCCCUAUGAUUGAUCUUGUGCCUGACAGUCAGCACUGGUCUGUAUGUGUUCUUCAUUGAUCUGCUGGCUGUCAGUCUCAUUCUCACCGGUCAACAUAAAGUAGCUUUCCCCAGACCACAGAACAGCUGGUUAGACUCCUGGCCCUGGCCCAGCCUUUAUCCAACUGAGGAGGACUGUGGGACUGUGGGAUUGUGGUCUCUGAGUUGUUGUGGGGACUGUGAGAACACAUAUAAAAACACAUUUUCUUGAAGAACAGGUUAGAUGCAAAGUUUGGUAACAGAAUGACGGCACCAACAGCACAAACUGUUAUUCUGUUACCAAACUUUGCAUCUGCACUGUUCUGCAAGUAAAUGUGUUUUUGUAAAAUGUUCAGUGGAAGUUGUCAAAAGUAGUCCUUGUGCAUAGAGUUUGUUCAACUUGGCAAUCAUUGUUUUUUGUUUGACAUACAUUUAAAAGUGGGAAAUUUGAGUCUCAGCAUCACUCUCUUAUCGUGGAAUUUCCUAAAUCACAUCACUUUGGCUAGCUAACAGCUAACAGCUAACUUUAUGUGGAUAAAUUAGCUUGGUAACUAUCGCUGAAUAUUGAUUGAUUUUCUUGCCAGAUGUAAUAAUAUGCCAUUUAGCAGACGCUUUUAUCCAAAGCGACUUACAGUCAUGUGUGCAUACAUUUUUACGUAUGGGUUGUCGCGGGGAUCGAACCCACUACCCUGGCAUUACAAGCGCCAUGCUCUACCAGUUGAGCUACAGAGGACCACAGAUGUAGUGAUGAGCAUUAGACAGACAACUUCACCAGGAUGAUUUUAGACUCAAAAUAUAGGCUACUUGCCGAUUUCAAGCUCUUUCCAAAAGCCUUCUCUGAUGAAGCAAGCUAAAUUACACACGUUGUUUGCUUAGCUAGCUAGCUACAUACCGAUUGCCGAAUCGAUAUGCUACCCUCACGUACUGUAGCCUAUCUGAAAUGACAUUAGCUAUGUUUACUAAUGGUGAAAAGCAUGGAGUUACUGGCUGUAUAACUAUAAAAUGGAGCUAAAUGUGCACAUUUUCUUUGCAUGGAAUAAUCAAAAAAGAAUAGGUGAUCCUAUUGCAACCAAAUUUAGUUGGUAACAUAGUUUUAGCGGAGCUGGGGUCCUCCCUGCCCCCCAGCAGACAAAUCCAACGUUCUGCACCUUACCGCGACGUUUAUUGAUAACAAUCUAUUGUUGUGUUGUUCUAAAAGGCCUACUCUGGGGAAACUGACUGAGUGUGGUUGUUGCUCAUCUGCUUAAUGGGAAUGGCUCUGACUAUCAGCCCAGUCCCUGAGGAAAAUAUUAAUUGAUGCUUCCUGGUCAAAUCUUUGUGUGUGUGUGUGUGUGUGUGUGUGUGUGUGUGUGUGUGUGUUUUUUUUUCUGUGUGUGUGUGUGUGGUGAUCAAGUCUUUUAUGGAUGCUUCCCAGGGGAGAUGUCUAAGGGCAUCACGCCUUCCAUGAGUUGUUACUGUAUCAAAUCAACUCCCAUACAAUGACGCACUGUAUGUUUGCGGAAACACUGAAACACUCUGCAAGGAUGGACAGCAUUAAGCAAAACUAUAAGCUGUAGUUGAUUUCUAUUUCUGUGUUACUGUAUGUUCUGAAUGUUUACUUUGACCAUUAGUCUUAAAGAUUUACAAACAGUUCAAGUUGAUAGACUUAAAGGUUUACAAACAGUUCAAGUUAACCAUUAGACUUAAAGGUUUACAAACAGUUGACCAUUGAAGGCACUUGCCUGCAUUAUCCAAGAGUCACCAAGAAUAUCCAUGGCUUUCAUUGUUUGGCAGGAAAACCUUAAUAAUGCAGAGUGCUUUAAAAUCAACUGCUGUGUUUAUCUGUUUACUUGAUCUGUUACCUAUGACAGAUUACAUGACAACUAAAGUUAUCAGUAAUGUAAUCCUUUUGAUUACUCAAAAUGAGUAACGUCAUUACUUGGAUUACUUAUGGAUUACUUAUGGAUUACUUAUGGAUUACUUUUGGAUUACUUUUGUGAACCGUUACUACCCAACCCUGUGUGUUUGCAUGUCCGUGCAUGCGUUCUGAUGCGUGUGUGUUUAUGUUCAUGCUUGCGUAUGUGUUCUCCCCCCAGGCUGGGGCAGUCAGAGCUCUAAGGUUCAGAUCCACCAUAACACCUGGCUCCACUUCCCUCCCCCUAGGCUGGGGCAGUCAGAGCUCUAAGGUUCAGAUCCACCAUAACACCUGGCUCCACUUCCCUCCCCCUAGGCUGGAGCAGUCAGAGCUCUAAGGUUCAGAUCCACCAUAACACCUGGCUCCACUUCCCUCCCCCUAGGCUGGGGCAGUCAGAGCUCUAAGGUUCAGAUCCACCAUAACACCUGGCUCCACUUCCCUCCCCCUAGGCUGGGGCAGUCAGAGCUCUAAGGUUCAGAUCCACCAUAACACCUGGUUCCACUUCCCUCCCCCUAGGCUGGGGCAGUCAGAGCUCUAAGGUUCAGAUCCACCAUAACACCUGGCUCCACUUCCCUCCCCCUAGGCUGGGGCAGUCAGAGCUCUAAGGUUCAGAUCCACCAUAACACCUGGCUCCACUUCCCUCCCCCUAGGCUGGGGCAGUCAGAGCUCUAAGGUUCAGAUCCACCAUAACACCUGGCUCCACUUCCCUCCCCCUAGGCUGGGGCAGUCAGAGCUCUAAGGUUCAGAUCCACCAUAACACCUGGCUCCACUUCCCUCCCCCUAGGCUGGGGCAGUCAGAGCUUUAAGGUUCAGAUCCACCAUAACACCUGGCUCCACUUCCCUCCCCCUAGGCUGGGGCAGUCAGAGCUCUAAGGUUCAGAUCCACCAUAACACCUGGCUCCACUUCCCUCCCCCUAGGCUGGGGCAGUCAGAGCUCUAAGGUUCAGAUCCACCAUAACACCUGGCUCCACUUCCCUCCCCCUAGGCUGGGGCAGUCAGAGCUCUAAGGUUCAGAUCCACCAUAACACCUGGCUCCACUUCCCUCCCCCUAGGCUGGGGCAGUCAGAGCUCUAAGGUUCAGAUCCACCAUAACACCUGGCUCCACUUCCCUCCCCCUAGGCUGGGGCAGUCAGAGCUCUAAGGUUCAGAUCCACCAUAACACCUGGCUCCACUUCCCUCCCCCUAGGCUGGGGCAUUCAGAGCUCUAAGGUUCAGAUCCACCAUAACACCUGGCUCCACUUCCCUCCCCCUAGGCUGGGGCAGUCAGAGCUCUAAGGUUCAGAUCCACCAUAACACCUGGCUCCACUUCCCUCCCCCUAGGCUGGGGCAGUCAGAGCUCUAAGGUUCAGAUCCACCAUAACACCUGGCUCCACUUCCCUCCCUCUAGGCUGGGGCAGUCAGAGCUCUAAGGUUCAGAUCCACCAUAACACCUGGCUCCACUUCCCUCCCCCUAGGCUGGGGCAGUCAGAGCUCUAAGGUUCAGAUCCACCAUAACACCUGGCUCCACUUCCCUCCCCCUAGGCUGGGGCAGUCAGAGCUCUAAGGUUCAGAUCCACCAUAACACCUGGCUCCACUUCCCUCCCCCUAGGCUGGGGCAGUCAGAGCUCUAAGGUUCAGAUCCACCAUAACACCUGGCUCCACUUCCCUCCCCCUAGGCUGGGGCAGUCAGAGCUCUAAGGUUCAGAUCCACCAUAACACCUGGCUCCACUUCCCUCCCUCUAGGCUGGGGCAGUCAGAGCUCUAAGGUUCAGAUCCACCAUAACACCUGGCUCCACUUCCCUCCCCCUAGGCUGGGGCAUUCAGAGCUCUAAGGUUCAGAUCCACCAUAACACCUGGCUCCACUUCCCUCCCCCUAGGCUGGGGCAGUCAGAGCUCUAAGGUUCAGAUCCACCAUAACACCUGGCUCCACUUCCCUCCCCCCAGGCUGGGGCAGUCAGAGCUCUAAGGUUCAGAUCCACCAUAACACCUGGCUCCACUUCCCUCUCCCUAGGCUGGGGCAGUCAGAGCUCUAAGGUUCAGAUCCACCAUAACACCUGGCUCCACUUCCCUGGACACAACCUGCGCUGGAUCCUCACAUUCACUCUGCUGUUUGUCCACGUCUGUGAGAUCGCUGAGGGGAUCGUCUCCAACAAGUAAGAACCCCCUAAAACUACUUCCUGUUACCAAAGAAGUAGUCUACUGUGAAAAACGAAACAUUAGUAGCUGGCCAGAAGCCAGUGUUCACAUGAGAUUUGGUUCUGGGUUGCUGAGAUUAUAAAAGAAGCGCUAUUCCUCUCUGUCAUUGUUGUACCCUAAAAUGAACGGCUCCCAAGUUUCUGGUGCAGUGAACUAUUGAAUUUCCUUGCUUCCCUCGAGACCAAUGUUUAUAGAAAAAUGAAACCAAUGUCCCUCAAAAUAACCCCACUCUCCAGUUUACCCAGACUGCAACCAAUAAGAUCCUCCAAAAUACUGCAGUAACACAAGCUAUGAUCAGAGCCAUCGUCUGAUGCAUCACAAACCCUGCAUCACUCCACGUUAAAACCUGUUGAUUGCACAGCGUGCUUCUUUAGUGGCUGAAGCUAGCAGCUCCCUUCGGUGAACAGUUUCAGUGGGGUCGCCCAAAAAUCUAGAUGUAUUUUAUUUUUAUAUAUAUAUUUGUUUUGGGUACAGAUUAUUGAGUACAGAUUAUUGUAUGGUACAAUAUACAAAUGUUUUUGAGAAAGAUCAUUUGAAAAAUAACAUUCUAUUGAGUAAAUGUAUUUAUUGGUUUCUUUUCAUUUGAUAAGAUGAUUAUUUGUUGAUGUAAAAAUAGAAAUGUAUCGCUUUUAAGGUUGUGGUGGAUUUGUGGUGGGGUUGAGAUAAAUUAUUGUGAAAAAGAAAUGGGGUCCCCAGAAAUUCUGCCGAAAAAGAUGGGGUCCCCGCUGAACAUGUUUGAAUACCACUGGGUUAACUGGAUGAGACUGAAUACAGUUUAUGUCAACGCAUAAACCAGAGAUACGUUAUGCAUAUCAAACUGUCUUUGUUUCUUUGAAUAUUGAUGGAAUCUCCUGUCCCUCUGUCCUUUCAGACAGAUGGACACCAAUCACCUCCACCUCUUUAUGCCAGCGUUUAUGGGCUUCAUAGCAGCCACUACAUCUGUGGUGUACUACCACAACAUAGAAACCUCUAACUUCCCCAAACUACUGCUGGGUGAGUCAAAAUGAUACCGUCAGUGCAUUCAUUACUCCAAAUGAACAAUUAGUGUUUAAGCAGUACUGAAUUAGCCCCACUUUGCUGCAGUAGUUUAGAGACUAUGGCAGAUGGCCCAAACACAGUUAGCUACACAUGAAUCAUUCUGCUGUACAUAAUCAAGUUUACUUGUAAUAAAUAUCUGGGUAAAGUAGUGCACUACUAAACCACUAACUGACCAACCUCCUCUUUCCUCAGCUCUGUUUGUCUACUGGGUUCUGGCGUUCAUCACCAAGUCCAUCAAGCUGUGGAAGUUUGCAGAGCACGAUGUUGGAGUGCAGCACCUGAGGUUUUGUAUCACAGCCCUGCUGGUCGUUCUGUACGGACUCCUCAUGGCUGUAGAGAUCAACGUCAUCAGGGUCAGGGUGAGUUAGAACACUGGUGGUCUGACUGCUUCCUGGGUCAGGGGUCAUAGAGGUUCUAUAUAAAGAGAGGAAGGAAGAGGAGGAUGUGAUGUGGUGUACUGAUGUGAUCUGAUAGCAGAUGCAGGGUCUUUAUUUCAACUCCUGUUGGCUUUUUACUUUUUUACCUUUUGCAUGUGUGUCUUUCUCUGUCUUUGUGUAUGUGUGUCCAUCUCUGUCUGUGUGUCCUUGUGUUCGUGCAGAGGUACGUGUUCUUCGCCAACCCCCAGAAGGUAAAGCCUCCAGAGGACCUUCAGGAUCUGGGUGUGAGGUUCCUCCAGCCCUUCGUCAACCUCCUCUCCAAGGCCACAUACUGGUGGAUGAACCCCCUGAUUAUAGGUUCGUUUCCUAGGUUCCUUCCUUCCAGGAGUUUUUCCUGGCCACUGUGCUUCCGCUUCUGCAAUGAUUGCUCUUUGGGGUUCAGGCCAGGUAUCUGUAAAGUACUUUGUGACAACUGCUGAUGUAAAAAGGACUUUGAUUGAUGUACAGUUAUUUUGAUGGAUUGAUGGCUUGAUCACAGGAGCCCAUAAAAGGCCCAUUGAGCUGAAGAAGAUAGGCAAGCUGCCCAUCGCCAUGAGAGCCCUCACCAACUACCUGAAGCUCAAAGAUGCCUAUGAUGAUCAGAGGGUGAGUGGAGGAAGGAUGAUGAUUAGAGGGUGAGGGGAGGAGGGAUGAUGAUCAGAGGGUGAGUGGAGGAGGGAUGAUUAUCAGAGGGUGAGGGGAGGAGGGAUGAUGAUCAGAGGGUGAGGGGAGGAGGGAUGAUGAUCAGAGGGUGAGGGGAGGAGGGAUGAUGAUCAGAGGGUGAGGGGAGGAGGGAUGAUGAUCAGAGGGUGAGUGGAGGAGGGAUGAUGAUCAGAGGGUGAGGGGAGGAGGGAGUGACAGAGUUUAAUACCCUACUUCUGACAGUGACAUAACAUUGAAUGGCUCCCCAGUAAUGCUGAGUGAAUAACCAACAUUUCGGUUAUGUUCGGUUUUAAACAACUAAUUGAGCGACAUCGGUUCAAUUAUUUGAAUUCCAUUUGGUUCGUUAUUUUUCUGUGAGCUCGAUGUGCAGUUUCUGUAGAGAUAAAUCAGAUCAAGCCUGAACUGUGAGAUGUAGUAGGGAGUUGUAGUUUCCACGAGGCCAUUAUUCUACAUAGUUUAGCGCAGAAAACAUUGUAAUUAACUACAAUGACCAUAAUCCAUUGCGCGCCCGCUUAACCUUGUCCGGUCUGUGCGGCACAGACAUGGAGACUAAGAGAAGAGAAAACGCGAUCAAGAUGGAUAGAAAGCAGUUAGCCUAGCUGAUCUAGGUGACUGAUAGUUGGUAUUCAGCAGUCAUAAAAGUAUGCUUUAUUUACUUUGAAGAACUACAAAAUAGUGAUUUUGUCAGACAGCAUAGGCAGCAGCUCUAUAGAGAUGAUAUGAUGACUUGGAAUGAAAUAAUAAUUUCAUCAAAUAAAACAAAUAUUUUAUUAAAGUAAAGUAAAGUGAAUAAAUGAUGGUUAAUAAGUGAUAAGCAGUAAUGGACAGUCACUACCAUCAUGGGACUUUUAUUAAUUGUUUUAUUCUGUGUUGUUACAGCAUUCAACCCACAUAAUGCAUAGUGCAUUUCAUUUCGAAAAAAUUAUUGCAACCGGUUCGAUUAUUUUGUAAUAAUCGAACCGAAACCUCAAAAAGCACUAAUCACUCUGCACUAAUCCCCAGUGCAGUGGCAAACCAUUCAAUGCAUCACCCGUGCAGUGACAUACCUUUCGAUGGAUCCCUGCUUUGAUUUAAUUACAACAUUCUGAUCAGAUUCCCUACUGCUAAAACUUUGUGUGUUAGAUCUUAGAUAUAUUACACUUAUCCUAUACACAUGUGCAAGCCCAGUAUAGGUUUGAAUACAUUUCCAAAGACUGUCCAUUAUAGAAUAGUCUCGCGAACCAGACUCUGUAAUCAGGUAGUCUCAUCUUCACUCUGAGGUUAAGGUUCAUUGUAGUGGAACCCUCCUGUGUAGUUGUAACCCUUCCAUCCCCCAUCCCUGUCCCCUGUCCCCUUCCAGCAGAAUACCGAGGACCAUGAGAAAUCUCAGUCCAUCUGGCGCUCUAUGUACCGGGCGUUUGGCAGACCCAUCCUCCUCAGCAGUACCUUCCGUUACCUGGCUGAUCUGCUGGGCUUCGCCGGGCCGCUCUGCAUCUCUGGCAUCGUCAAACACCUCAACACCGAGCCCGUCAAGGGAGGGAGUGUGGUAUGUAUGUGGCUGAAGUUGACAGGACUGCAUAAUAACAUAACUGCCUCAUCAAAGUUGGACACCGUGUUUAUUGCGCCACCAUAAUUACUGUUCCCAUCGGCCCAUAACUCUGCUCCUGGUACCAUAAUUACUGUUCCCAUCGGCCCAUAACUCUGCUCCUGGUACCAUAAUUACUGUUCCCAUCAGCCCAUAACUCUGCUCCUGGUACCAUAAUUACUGUUCCCAUCGGCCCAUAACUCUGCUCCUGGUACCAUAAUUACUGUUCCCAUCGGCCCAUAACUCUGCUCCUGGUACCAUAAUUACUGUUCCCAUCGGCCCAUAACUCUGCUCCUGGUACCAUAAUUACUGUUCCCAUCGGCCCAUAACUCUGCUCCUGGUACCAUAAUUACUGUUCCCAUCGGCCCAUAACUCUGCUCCUGGUUUUAUAUAUACUGUAUGUUCAUCCCUCCUAUAAUCCUAUAUCACGUCCAUUACGGCUCAUUCAAGUGAUUCAAUUUGAUACAGCAGAUGUCUUGCUGGCUAGUUAGCUCCAUAGAGAUAAAUAGUUUAUUACAUAGAUAGCUCACUGUCUGACGCUGUGGGUUGUGUCAUCGACAUC